AUGGAAAUUUUGCUUGACCAUGGCGCAGAAGUAGAUCGGGAGGACUCCAACCGAAGGACGCCACUCAUUAAUGCAGUGAUUGCGAACCAACCGUCCGCGGUUCUACUUCUACUCGACAAGGGGGGUGGCAUCAACACCAAGGGGAAGAGCGGCAGAACCCUCUUGCAUGAAGCAGUAGCCUUCGAUCGGUUCGACGUGGCGCAGAUUCUCCUUAAACGUGGAGCUAAAGUUGACUCCCAAGAUGAGAAAGGUCAAACUCCGCUGAGCAUAGCUGCUAGGGGCAGUAACACGGAGCUCGCUAAUCUCUUGCUUGACAAUGGCGCGCUUCUGAACGCCGGAAGCGACUUUGGGAAAGCGCCAUUACAGGUUGCUCUCCAUAAUCGAAUGGCCCAAUUCCUUGUUAACAAAGCUGUAUUAACUUCUGGCGCCAACGCGAACCAUGAAGAGCAGCUUUAUGCCUCCUGCAGCCGCGGAGAGCUGAUCAAAGUAAGAGGUUUGAUGGUUGACGGAGUACGAAAUAAGACCAUUCAGGGACAUCAGCUAGAGGUUGCACUGAUAUUGGCCACGAGACAUCAGCACAGCGCCAUUGUUAAGCUACUUGCCGACAAGAGCGUAGACAUCGAUCAUAUUUCAACGACUCAACAACAGCUGGCUCUAGUAUGUGCUAUAGAGACAGGAAACAGGAACACUGCAACGCAGUUGAUCCAGAAAGGAUUGGGCAUUAAGGGUGUUCAUGGGCAUCAGCUUCUCCCAAAGCAAAAGUCUGCUCUAGCCAGUGCGCUGCAGAUCGGGUACACCGAUGUUGCGAGACUAUUGAUCGAAAGAGGGGCGAACAUUCAUGGCGUACAGGGCUCGGAUGGCCAAACUCCACUUUUCACCGCCUUGGACCUUGGAUAUCCAUCAAUUGCCAGGCUUUUGAUCGAGAAAGGUGUGAGCGUGAAUGGCAGUCAAGGACCAUACGAAGCCACUGCACUUUUCAGUGCCAUCAGCAAUCAAGAUGCAGGCAUGGUUGAGCACCUUCUUGAGAAAGGAGCGGAAGCCAAUGGCAUCCAGGGACCUGGUGCAAAGAAUGAACUGUCUAGAGCAUUGCACUACGGUUACCACGACAUUGCUAAGCUCCUGGUUUUGAAUGGCGCAGACAUCGACGAUUUCCAGGGUCUCGAAGAUGCUACUGUCAUUUCCAGCGCCAUUAAGCAUCAUCGACAUGACAUUGUAGAGCUCAUGCUUGAGAAGGGUGCGAAUUCCAGAAGCCAUGCAGAUUUGGUUGCAGCUUGCGAAUGGGGACACGUGGGCAUUCUCAAACUUUUGCUCGAUAAUGGCGCGGAUGCAACCUAUGAGGAAGCUUUCAACAUCGCGUGCCGCAAUGGGAAUUCAGAUGCCAUGAAACUCUUACUCAGUAAGGGCGCAGACGCGAACAACAGCAAUGGGUUAUUGACAUCCUGCCGACGUGGAGACCGGUCUAUUGUCAAGCUCUUGCUCGAUAAAGGGGCCGAUGCAAAUUCCGUUGGAGCUUUGGAGGCAGCCUGCCAAAACAAUCACUUCAACACUGUCAAACUCUUGCUCGAUAGGGGCGCAGAUGCCAGCAACGGUUUGGUUGCAUCCUGCAAUCGUGGUGAUCUGAGAAUGGUGGAACUCUUGCUCCAACGGGGCGCAGAUGCCAGCUACGGUCUCAAUGCGUCCUGCCGCCGUGCCGAUGUGAGAAUGGUUAAGAUCUUGCUCGCCAGCGGCGCGGAUACAAAGAACAACGGAGCAUUAUAUUCAGCUAUGCGACACAGCGAUGCAAGCAUUGCCAAGCUCUUGCUUGACAGAGGUGUAGAUGUUAGCAAUCGACAUGCUUUGACCGAAGCUUGUUCACGAGGAUGGUCUGAUAUUGUUGCAGUGCUACUCGCCAAGGGUGCGAAUGCAGACAACAGAGACGCCUUAUUCAUUACUUGCCAGGAAGGACGUCAUCAAAUUCUCGAAUUGUUGCUUGACGCGGGUGCAAGUUCCAAUCCGGUCUUGACUGCGGCCGGCAAAGACAAAACCAUUCUCAAACUAUUGCUCGACAAAAGUACAUCCACUUGGUCGAGGAACAAAGCCUUAUUGUCUUAUUGUGAAAAGCCUGGCUGUGUCGAAAUGGUCGAAAUCCUGCUUGGCGGUGGGGCAGACGCCAGGGCUGUAGACAUGCGCGGUCAAAAUGGACUAUUCCAAUGCGACCAUACAGUUGCCCAUCUUCUGAUAGAGAGUGGAGCGGACGUGAAUGCUAAAGAUCAGAAAGGGCAGACUGCACUUUUCGGGUGCAAUACAGCUGUAGCCAAGAUCUUGACGGAAAAUGGAGCUGAUAUCGAAGCUAGAGACUCCUCUGGAAGGACAGCAUUACUUCGCGAAUGUUUCUCCGAUAAUCCUGAACUGCGCAAAAUCAAGUUGCUGGUCGAAAGAGGAGCAGACGUCAAUGCUGCAGAUUUCCACGGGCAGACAUCACUUUUCGGGUGCAAUGCGAUCGUGGCUGAGAUCCUGAUGGAUAAUGGGGCCAACACGGAAGCCAGAGACUCCUCUGGAAAGACAGCAUUACUUCGCGAAUGUUUCUCCGAUAAUCUUGAACUGCGCAAAAUCAAGUUGCUGAUCGAAAGAGGUGCAGACGUCAAUGCUGCAGAUUCCCACGGGCAGACAUCACUUUUCGGGUGCAAUGCGACCGUGGCUGAGAUCCUGAUGGAUAAUGGGGCUAACACGGAAGCCAGAGACUCCUCUGGAAGGACGGCAUUGCUUUGCGAAUCUUCCUGGAGCGAUCUCGGCUACGCCAGAUUGAUCAAAAUCGAGUUGCUGGUGAACAGAGGAGCUCAAAUCAAUGCUAGGGACCGCAACGGGAUGAAUGUGGUGGGGAACGCCUGCAUGAAUUUAGUGACAAGCACUAGUAUGAAGCCGGCGAGAGGCACACAUACGGGCUUAGUGAAGAGCGUUAGAUCGGCAAAGCUACUUGAGCAUCUCAUUCAAGCGGGUGGGAGACUGCCCGAGGAUCCAGACGCCGCGCGAAUGGUUAUAGGAAGCCUGGAGAACGGGGCCGAGAAGGAAUUAGCAAAGCUUCCUUGGUGGCGAAAUUCGGACCCAACAUACUUCGAAACAUUGCUCCAGGCGCUAGAAACUGGAAGCACUCCUCCCCCCGCCUUCCUGAUGGUUUAG